GGGAGGCUUUCGUCAGAGCCUGGCUGGCCCCGGCGGCAGGUCCAGCCCCAGGGGCCCCGUCACUGGGCGUCAUUGGCUCAGGCAUCCGGGCCCUCAUCACCUUCUCCCGCCUCGGUCGGGACGGGCGGCGGCGGCUGCGGCGUCAGGGGGCGGAGCCGCCCGCGGCGCCCUUUGUCUGUGCAGGCGGGUGCUCAGCCUGAAAUUGUGUCUCUCAGAAUCUCUGCCUGGGGGCAGAUUCGAAUAUCAUAGUGACGUAUGUACAUGUAGGAUUGAUGCCUUUAGUGAAAAAAACAACAACAACAGUGUAAUAGCCAACUUCAGGAACCUCCACAUCUCAACUCUACAUGAACAAGGCAAAAUCCUGAGAGUGGCUGCCCUGGGAAGCAGAAAUCACUCUCAUGGAUAUCCACUGGCUCCUGACCCUCUCCUGAGAUCAGGCACCUUUAAUACCUGCGACUGGCUGUUGCCUUUAAGGCACUGGAAAAUCAGCCUUCAGGGACUGACAGGGCUGCUGAAGCUGUUAGAACUGGGAUGUCUCCUGACUGUCGUGCCCGAAGAGAAUAAGCCUUUGGUGACAUUACAACUGAAGGACUGCGAAGAGGUGCAGCCAUCCUCGUGGAGGACUGAAUCCAGGAAUGCCCUCUCAGGAUGCCACACUUUCCCAAGAAGGAAACACAGAGAAGGAAAUGAAUGUUGGAUCACAGACAGUCAUGUCUCAGGAAUCACUGACAUUCCAGGACGUGGCUGUGGACUUCACCAGAGAAGAGUGGGACCAGCUGUACCCUGCUCAGAAGAACCUCUACCGAGAUGUGAUGCUGGAAAACUAUAGGAAUCUGGUUGCACUGGGGCAUCAACUGUAUAAGCCAGAGGUGAUCACUCAGUUGGAGCAGGAGGAACAGUGGAUGAUGGGAAGAGUCAGCCCACCAGACACUCAUCCAGAUGGGGAGAAUAGACCAGAAAUUAAAAAAUCAAACCAUAAUAUUUCUGAUGAAAAUCAAACCCAUGACAUGAUAAUGGAGAGACUAACAGGAGACAGUUUCUGGUACUCCAUCUUAGGUGGACUCUGGGAGUUUGAUUACCAGUUAGAAUUCAACCAAGAAAACCAGCAGAGAUACUUAGGACAAGUAUCUUUCACCCACAAAAAGAUCACACAGGAGAGAGGCCUUGAAUGUAGUAGAUUUGGGGAAAACUAUAAUCUAAACUCAAACCUUCUUAUGCAACAGAGAAUUCCUUCAAUGAAAAUACCCCUUAAUUCUGACAUACAAGGAAAUAGCAUCAAACAUAAUUCAGACCUGAUUUACUAUCAGGGAAACUACAUAAGAGAAAAUCCUUAUGAAUAUAACGAGUGUGGAAAAAUCUUCAAUCAACAUCUUCUUCUUACUGGUCAUAUUCAUACUGAAGGGAAACACAGUGAAUGCAGGAAGGCCUUCAGCCAGAACUCAUCUCUUGCUCAACCUCAGAUGGUCCUCACAGGAGAGAAACCCUAUAAGUGUGAUGAAUGUGGGAAAAGAUUCAGCCAGAGAAUACACCUUAUUCAACAUCAGAGAAUUCACACGGGAGAAAAACCUUUUAUAUGCAAUGAAUGUGGGAAAGCCUUCCGUCAACAUUCAUCCUUUACUCAGCAUCUGAGAAUUCAUACUGGAGAGAAGCCCUAUAAAUGUAAUCAGUGUGGUAAAGCCUUUAGCCGGAUCACAUCCCUUACUGAACAUCAUAGACUUCACACUGGAGAAAAACCUUAUGAAUGUAGUUUUUGUGGGAAAGCCUUCAGCCAGAGGACACAUCUUAAUCAGCAUGAGAGAACUCACACAGGAGAGAAACCUUAUAAAUGUAAUGAAUGUGAAAAAGCCUUCAGCCAGAGUGCACACCUUAAUCAACAUAGGAAAAUCCACACUCGGGAGAAAUUGUGUGAAUAUAAUAAAUGUGAGAAAACCUUAAGCCACAGUCCUUCCCUUACUCCACAGCACAUAACUCAGAAUUUUUAGCUUUGUCCUGAUGGGGGUGGUGGGGGUGGUAAGGGAAUCAUAUGAAUAUAUAAAUAUAGGAAAAUUGGGGUUAGACCUUUUCAUCCUGUUCAAUAUCAGAUUAUUCAUAGUGGGGAGAAAGCUUAUAAAUAAACUUUUAAUGCAUAGAAGGCAAAUAAAUUUAGACCUUAAAUUUAGCAUAUUAUAUUCCCAAGAGAAGUUAUACAUAAUGAAAAUAUUUUAUAAACAAGAUUAUAUUAGGAGACAUGUUCCAAACUUUUUUUAAUGACCAGAUAUCCUGUAGGCAAUGACCUAUCAUUAUUCCCUUGUGAUUUUUAUAGCAUACAAUUUUUAAAUUAUAUAAACAUUAAUUAAUUGAGGCUAUUGUGUAGUAUAACCAGUCACAUAAAUUUGAAAUAAAUAGAAAAAAGCAAUAUUUCUCAAAGUCAUUUGUGUGUAUCCUUUACCAAUUUUAUCAUACUUAAUGUUUACUUAAUAUUUUUAAUAGGACUCAGGGUUUUUAGCCUUGUCCUAGGAAAUAUUAUUUAUGGAGAUUGUGAGUUUUAUAUGCUAAAUUAUAUUCUAAUUUCCAUCAAAAUAAAUAUAUAAUUUUGAAGUUGAAAAUAUUCAUUGGUGUACCAUCUAAGUCUUCUGUACCAUCAUUUGAGAAGCCAUGUGGUAGGAUAUGGCAAUAAUAAUAUUGUUUUUUAGGAAUCCUCCCAUUAUUUUCAUCAAACAGGUCCUGGGAUCUCUAAGAUGAGUCUUAGAGGAGACUGAGGGUCAUAUUGGUGAACUUUGAAAAGUGAUUCAGAGAAAUCUACUUUUCUAUCCUGUAGUUUUAAAUUUCCCUAUGGCAAAUGUAUAUUUUUGAAUCAAAAUUGUUAUUUCUGUUACAUUUGCAGGUUUUAAUAGAGAGGAGGUUUUAUUUUAUACUGACAGGGACUUUAUAAGAAUCCCUUCACCUGUCUGUAUCACUGUGGAAGUCAGAAGUAGGGGCUGGACCAGAGGGUAAGUGGUGGUGCCACGCUGAGGCAAAGAACCAGGAAAGAGCCUUAUUGGUUUAUAUAAACAACUAAGGAAGCAUAGGGCCUUCCAGGUGGGCUCAGUGGAAAAGAAUCCACGUGCCAGUGCAGGAGCUGUGGGUUCGAUCCCUGGGUUGGGAAGAUCCCCUGGAGAAGGGAACCCACUCCAGUAUUCUUGCCUGGAGAAUUCCAUGGAGAGAGGAGCCUGGUGGGCUACAGUUCAUAGGGUUGCAAAGAGUCAGAGAUGAUUGAGCACACAUGCAAGUAAGUGUUACUAGUUUGUUUAAUAAUUCACUUUAUUUAUUGAAGUAUAUUUAUGUACCACCGUUUUCCAAAAGGAAUUUAAGGUGGUUAAAUUUUAUGAUCACUGCCUUGUUUGACAGAAAUCGCAGUUUGAUGUUACAAAGCAUUGUAAAUAUAAACCGUCAUAAACCAUGAAUAGCUACAUCUAGGGAGCUGCUUGUUUCUGGGCUUUUUGUUUUUCUCUUGGUCUUCUCAAUCUUGACUGAAGAAGCCAUGAGACCAAGUUGGAAUCCAGUCCCCUUGCCUUUUUUUUUUUUUUUUCCUUCCCCAGUCCCCUUGCUUUCUCACCUUUCUUCUGACAUAUCUCCUAGCUAAAGACUUCCCCAUUUCUUUAUCCCUGUGAGAGACUAGAUAUCAUAGGCCUUAAGUCAAAGCUGGAAUGAUGUAAAUUUAAAAAAAAAAAAAAUUAAAACACUAAAAACCAAGAAAAUAAUGAAAUCAUUUCAUUGUGGAAGUUAAACUUUUCAGGUACAUUUUUGUCCCACACAUCAGUGGAUGAAAUAGUUAAUAAAACCCUGAGAUACUGGAGUGAGGGAGGAUUUCCAGUAAUAUCAUGUUUAAAUACCUGUGUAAUGGAGAUCAAUUUUUAAGACAGAUAAGUUCUGAAAGUGUCUCUUCACCAAAGGGACUAACAUGUAAGAUUUAUUUGCCCUAAAGAGGCAGAAUAUAGAGCUCUCAGGUUUUGGGAAGAGACGGUGAGGCAAGAUGAAGUCUCAGACAGCAGAGGUAUAGGUUAAAAGAAGUAAUGAUUAAUUACAGUUGGUGAAGCCUUUGAUCAAAGUAUGCAACCAAGAAAAAAAAAACCUGAAUAAUCCACAAAGAGUGCUAAAGGCUUGAACAGAAGGCAGUGUAUCUCACACAGGGAAAGGAGAGCAGUACAGGAUUUUCAGAAGAAGAUAAGCAGAAUUUGGACAAUUUCAGAAGUCUGAACUGAAGGAGACCAGUCGGCCAUGGAUUUUCACCAAUUCUUCAUAAAAUUAGAAUCUAUUAUCUAUCCUUAGGGUCAUAAAUGAUUGUGCUUAUGUUAACCGUACAGUAAACUAUGUCAUUCUGGUGUGAAUUCAUUCUCGUCCUUUGUUAUCUUCAACAUGUUCUAAUUUAAGUGAAUCCUAAAUGUAUUUAUUACAUCAAAAUUCUAGGGAGUUAUAGGAGUGGUUUACUCACUCAGAAACCUAACGUUAUGACUUAUUUCUGUCUAGGAGGGCAAGAUAUUACCCUUUUACAUAUGUUAAUUCAUUUGGUUCCUCCAACCAGGUGAUGUUGCCUUUCUUAUAUGAAAAGAGAUACUGAAGCUUAGACAUGAUAAUAAGUGAUAAUUUCUCAGUUUCUCAGACUGGAAUGUCACUAGAACAUGGAUCAUCUUACUCCUAAUCCAGUGGAUAAAAACAGUGCCUGGAACAGUGUUUUAUAGCACUCUGAAAACAUUUGAUAAAUGUAUUAAAUUUAAUAAAAUGAAUUGCUGCUCAAUACCAAAA